UUUGGUCAGCCAGCUGCGGGUAAAUACUCUGCCUUAACUUAGAGGAGCUCUUUUUACAGCUGCGGACGCCUUCAGGUCCUCCACCGCCAGGCAUACAUUGACAAUGAUCACUUUUGAAGACAUCUUAGAGGAGGUCGGCGCAUUCGGUCGGAGCCAGAUGCGAAUUGUGUCCAUUUUCUGUUUGGUCUCCGUACCGUUUUCUUUCGUAUACGUAGGGAUUGUUUUCCAGGGCUUCACCCCUGAACAUUGGUGCCGUGACCCAGUCGUCAGUGGGAUCCGGGAGACAUGCGGCUGGAGCCUUCAAGACGCACGGAGGGCAACUGUACCCUUGAUGAACAGCUCCGCUGGGGUGACAUACAGUCAGUGUCAGAGAUUGGACAUGGACUGGAACACCACCGGUCUAACCUGUGACAAUCCAGAAAGUGAGCUCAUCCAGGCCCAGAUUUCUACUCUACCCAUGACGGGCUGUAAAGACGGCUGGGAGUAUGACUAUGAAGGGAGACAGUCCUUCGUGACGGAGUUUGAUCUAGUGUGUGCAGAUGCCUGGUAUGUUGACAUGUUCCAGGCCACGCUCAGUGUUGGUUUCUUAGUGGGCAGCAUUACAAUUGGAUACCUGGCAGACAAAUACGGCAGAAUAAAGAGUUUUCUGAUGACCAACUUCUUCAUCGGAGUAGCAGGGAUACUUGUGGCCACGUCCCCUAAUUACAUCGCCCUGCUGGUGUUCAGAGUUCUCUUUGGCUUCGGGGUGAAGGGCGGCUGGAUGGUUGGAUACGUGCUAACCACAGAGCUGGUCGGAGUGGAAUACAGGAGAACGGUGGGAGUGACCUAUCAGAUGUUCUUCAGCCUGGGCAUUCUCAUCCUUCCUCUCUUAGCGUACUUCAUACCAAACUGGCGCUGGCUACAGGUGGUCUUCACCAUACCUUACAUCUGUUUUCUGACGUACUAUUGGUUUAUCCCCGAAUCACCAAGAUGGCUCCUUAGCCAAAACAAGAGAAACGAAGCACUAGAGAUCAUGAAAGCAAUAGCCAAGGAGAACAAAAAGACACUGUCCAAGAAUAUUGAGACACUGACUGAUGAAAACACAGACUCCGUCUCGACUGUGUCUUUCAUGGACCUGUUCAAGACUGCCAAAUUGAGAAAAUUCACAUUCAUCCUGAGCUUCAAUUGGUUCACCAGUGCUGUGGUUUACCAGGGUCUCAUUAUGAGGCUGGGAAUCCUCGGAGGAAACGUGUAUGUGGACUUCCUCAUCUCUGGAAUCGUGGAAUUGCCAGCAGCUUUCCUCAUCCUCCUCACUAUUGAGCGGAUCGGUCGACGGCUUCCUUUUGCAGCUGCAAAUAUCGUGGCAGGGGCGGCCUGCUUAAUCACAGUGUUCAUCCCCGACAGUAUGUUCUGGUUAAAAAGUGCUGUUGCUUGUGUUGGACGGUUGGGCAUCACUAUGGCUUUUGAAAUGGUAGUGUUUGUGAAUGCUGAACUUUAUCCCACUGUUAUCAGAAAUCUGGGUGUUUCGGUCUGUUCCACACUGUGUGACAUUGGCGGGAUCAUAGCGCCGUUCCUGCUCUACAGGCUUGCUGUCAUAUGGCUAGAACUACCUCUCAUUAUUUUCGGUGCUCUUGCGUUCGUGGCCGGUGGACUGGUUCUGCUGUUACCUGAAACCAAAGGUGUGCCUCUUCCAGAAACCAUUGAUGACAUCGAAUGUCCAAACAGAAACAAAGAAAACCAGCUGAAGAGUCAACAGCUAGAGAAUUUGCUGCCCUCUGAUGUGACAUCAAACAAAGAAGUUACAGCAGUCUGAUUGAGCUGAGACAGAACACUGCAACCUCAUUAACUUUAUUAUUAACUGAUGCCGCUUAUCCCUUCUCCUUUGAGGAUUUAAUCCAAAUAU